AAUGGCUCAGUUUUCUGCAUUCCUGUAAUAAUAAAGUUUUUUGGUACUUUGACAUAUGUUAUCUUGGCUCUUCUUCUUGUCUUGUUUACCUUUGGCUACCGGUAGAUUAAAAACCCGUCUUUUUUCAAUAUUUACUCUGUACAUCUCAUCCUCACUUACCUAAGCUUGCCCCUCCUCUCUACAUUUUCUACAUUUAUUUUUUCGACCUAAUCUUUUUUCUGACUUUCAAUGGGUCUUCUGUCGAAGAAAAAUAGUAUUAAACUGUAUAGGCAAAACCGCCAACCACUUACUACGCCAGUUUCGAAACGUCCAUUGGAAAAAUGCCCUCGCAUCGAUACGGCGCAAGUUGCUGCAAAAGUUGAGUCUUUCAAGAAAUGGACAAUUGGAACGUUUAAAAACUCGAAACAACAAUUGCUGGAGCAUAUGGGCAAAAUUGAUAAAACUGUAGAUCCAGAGUUCGAGGCACAAUGCGAAGUUCUAAAGGAUAUUCAUCGACGUUAUGGUCUCGUCGUUGCCGCCGCGAAAAAUUUCAGUCAUGUUCUCACUCAAAUGGCUGAAGCUGAGAAGAAACUUUCGGAAUCAUUUUAUCAAUUGUCAAUGAAAGAAGAACAGAUUAAGGCACAAUGCACCAUGACAUCAGAAACUAUGAGAGGAGUUGGAGAGCAGGCUGCCUCAUUGGAUGCAUGCUUGAGAUACUUCAUUUCUUCUAUGGAAACUGUCUAUAACCAAACAAUUACUGACACUUUACACACAAUUUAUAAUACUGAAUCGGCUCGCAUUGAGUAUGAUGUUGACCGAAAUGAUAUCUCAGCUGCAACUAAUCCUCCACAAGGACAACUGACGAAGAAUCUCCCAGUCGGUGCAACCGAAAAGUGUGAAGAGAAAAAAGCAAAGUAUGAGAAGCUAAAGAAUGAUGCGAAGAUCAAAAUGCGAUUGCUUGAAGAGAAUCGAAUCUCGGUGGUCGCAGCUCAACUCGAGAAACUCCAAUCAGCACUCGCUGCAUACUAUUCGGGAAAUGCGAAGCUCCUGGAAGCAUCGGUUCGCGAGCUGAGCUUCCUUCAGUCUCCUCAACCAUCUUUUAUUCCAACCAUGUGAUUUCAUUGUAUGAUAUUCCUAACAUUCCUGCCUUAUUCCUAUGUCACUUUUUUUCUUUUUUUCCCGAAUUAUUGCUUUUGACCGGGUUUGCAAGACACUGCUGCCAGGUUUUUUUCUGUGUAUAAUAGACGAACUAGGGGAUUUUUAAAAAUUAUAAGUAAUGUUCUAAUUUUAUGUGUCUUUUUGGUGGUGCCUACGAUUAAAAACAAAUAUUCUUAUAAUACGAUAAAUAAAUUUGCUACGCAUUAAAA